AAUAUAUGUAAUAACAUCUUUUAUUUUUUAAAUUGAUACCACCRAAGACUGAACCAUUGAGUAUUCCAGAGUUCUGAAAUAAAUUUAGUCUGUUUUUAUUAACUAUCAAAUUAUUGAAUUAAUUAUAAUUGAAAUACAAGUAUGAUACAUUUAUUUAGUGUCACAUGAUAUUAUAGUUUUAUUUUAGUUUUAUUUCGGUAUGAAAGAUAAAACGAUUUUAGUUAAACAAAACCCAAUAUUGAAAGUAGUCAUUUUGGGAAAUAGUAAUGUUGGAAAAUCAUGUCUGAUGAACAGGUUUGUAAGUAACAGUUUUAGUGACCAUACACUUCAUACAUUGGGCGUAGAAUUUCUCCAAAAGGAACUUGAUGUCAAUGGAAUUGUAUAUACUUUGCAGAUUUGGGAUACUGCGGGACAAGAAAGAUUUCGAACUCUUCGAACACCUUUUUAUAGAGGAACUGACAUUUGUUUGCUAACAUUUGCUGUUGACGAUAUCCAAAGCUUUAAAACUAUAGAUUCAUGGAGAAAAGAA